UCCUCAGUUUCUCAAACCUAUCACAUAGUUACCACCUGAUGACUGUUUUCAUAUGUUAAAUGGUAGGUAGUUUCCCUGGAACUAUUGUUGUCCAUUUUGAGGUGACAGACAGAACAUCCUACGUGUUAGAGUUCCAGACAGGUUACUACACACUAUACACAAUUAUACUUUAGUUUUGUUUUGAUUGAUAAUGUUGAUGUAUGCUGCAUCUACACACACCAUCUCCUUUUAAAAUAACAACGAAAUUCUGGAUUUAUAGAGACCAUUCUGUUUCCUUCCAAGGGACUUUGUAAAGGCCCGCUCGCUGUAGUGGAAAAUAAGCCUAUAACUUACCUUAACGGCUAACAAUGGAUGGUAUUACUACACUGUAUCAAGUGUAGCCCUGGUUCUUAAAUCCUCAAUUCAUAACACAAUUUAUGUAUUUUGUACUUGAUUCUUCUGUAAAUAUGUUAUGUUCAUAUUACUUUAGAAUGAUUAUGAUAGUUACUGGCUUAUGUGAUUUCAUCAUGCAACUGCAAACCCUGUUAUUCAAAAGUCAAUAUAACAACUAAGAAUCUUCCAGCAAAAAUUAGGGCAGGCUAACAAUCGGUCAGACUCAAAGUUUAGUUUCUUCAUUUAUGUUUUGGUCAAACGUAGUAUGUAGUUACUCUAUGAUAGUUGUACAGAUGACUCCCUCUCCAGAAAUAUUCUUGAUCAUUGGAUGAAUAUACAUGUUUUCUUAUGUAUGUCAAAACCACCUUGUGAAAAUCUGCUACUCAAAGAUAUCUUUGGUUUCUUUUUAAACCUGACAAAUUAGGUUGAGGUCAAGUACAGAUAUUUAGCACAGAGUACAUAAAGCAUUCCAGUAUUGAAUCCCCACAAUGUGCAUCAUUUUCUGAGGAUCAAAACGAAUGCACAAUUCUGGGUGAUGGGCUCUGUCUCCUGGCUGAUCUACCAUGACGCAAUCCUCCCUCUCCAGCCAUUUCAGAACCCAGCUGCCCCAAUCUCUGUCCCUCCACACUUUUACCUGUGCCAGCCCUCUGCCUAUCUCCAUCCACUAGCUAUCAGUUGUAGGUCAUACCCACUUAGAAAUUUUGGCAUUUGAUAGAAUCUGAGUUGAUAAAAGUGCUUGAUCUGAGUACAAGUUGAGCCUGGGUCCAGAGCUCCUCAGGUUACCAGUGUAUGUGCCCCCUGGCUAAUGCAGGCCUGCAGGUUACCAGUAGUCAUCAGUGAAAGUUGCAGUACACUAUUUGGCUUAUAAGGCCCCACUACAGUGGCUAACUCAUUUUCUGCCCCCUAGUGGCUGAAUGAAAUGCUUACAGCUACCAGAACAACAGGUGCACACCAACUGCCCAUCUGUAUUCCUCUGAGGAGAAGCUUAUCCAGACUGUGCCUGAAGUCAUACUGCCUGGAUCUCUUCUUAAUCCCUAUGGUUGGGUUCUUUCUGUGACAUGCCAAUGGAUCCUGGACUAGGAGAUGAUUUAAAUGUUCUUCUUCACUACAAUAAGACACAAGACAAGUGUCUCCCAUUCCACUAUCGAGGGAAGGGAGGCAAUGAGAACAGAUUUUUCACGGAUAGGUGGUGUAUGCAAAACUGCUCCAGCAGCGCAGUACGCUUGUACCCUGCAGAUGAAAAAGAAGCCUGUCACCUACCAAGGGAUUUCGGCCAUUGUAUGAGUCGAUAUUUACUUUGGUAUUAUGAUUCCUUUCACGGGAAAUGCAAAACAUUCCGUUUCACUGGUUGUGGGGGCAAUGGAAACCGAUUUCUCAGUGAACAUCACUGCAACACCACCUGUGCUGGUAUUAUUGAUGAAGGGAACAUGGAGGAGGAGGAGGCUGAGUCGGACACGCCUUCUGGGCUGAUUAUUGGAAUUGUGCUAGGUGUCAUUGGAGCAGUUAUCAUGAUCGUUACGGUUGUCAUGGUAGUGAAGAACAAGAAACCCAAAACCAAAGAAACAAAGAAGAUGCCAAAAGGGGACGAUUCGCCACUUCAACCUGAAGGAAUGGAAAUGGCAUAGACCGAUCCAGCCGUGGCUGGAGAAGCCAAUAUUUCUCCACGUCCCCAUCCCAUCCAAAAUACAAUUAAAGUACAGUGAUAUUUGUUAUUUUAAACAGAGAUGUGCUGGGUUAAUGCUUGUGUGCACACGAUUAACAUUUAUUGUGAUUAUAAUAGGAUGAUAGUGCUGUGAUACUGUAAUGUAUUAAAAUAUAUAAAUCGCCACUGUAGACAGUAAACUAAUCUUACAAGUUUUUUGUACUUUAAAAAAUGUAUUUUUUGUUUUACCAAAAUUGUUAUUUCUGUGUUUGAAGUAGCUCUCAGGGAGUAAUUCAGAUCCUUCUGCACAUUUACAACUGUAAAAAUACAAGUGUUUAAGUGAUGAAUAAAUUUUGUUAAUGAACUCAAAUUUAA